AUGGCCGCUGUGGCCAACUCGCCUCCUGCCGCUGGCGCCCAUCGCAACGCAAACGGCCACCCGCUCCAGCUGCCAGCGCAGCUCCAGCUCUCUGACGCCUACUCUGCACUUCGACGCGACUCCGAUCGACCUGUCGUGGGUUACCUCCGUCUCGCUACGGGGUCGCACAUCACAAAAAUCGACGAGGUCAACACGCUCAAGGUUGUCUUGGCUGACCUCUUCAAUGGUCUCGGCGCCUCAUUGGCAGAUCUCUUUCAAGUCCGACGAUAUUUGGCCAAUCACCUGCUCACUUUGGGAAUUGCCAUCUUUGAAGCUCUCGAUAUUAUCACUGGCAUGUCCUUCAACACCCCAGUGAAGGAGACUUCCAUGCCAUUCACUGCCGAAUCCUCCCACGCGUUGGAAAAGUUCUAGAAUGGCAUCCUCGACUUCGUCCAUGACCGCGCUACGGACCCCCACCUUUGGAGCAUCAUGGCUGCCCCUCCCAUUCAGUCUGUAGCUGGAGGCUACAGUCAUAUUUCGGCCACGUACGGAGCCAAGACCAUGCACUGCCGAUGUUCUUUCCUGCAAUCUGAUGCUCCUGCACUCCUCCAUGCCAAACGUCAACCUGUCCACGAAUUUGUGCUCCUAGGGAAAUGCCACUAUGUGGUACAACCACAGAAAGGACUUCCAACGCACUGACCUCGACGGUGCGACACAGGAGAAACGCGUCUCCAUACCAAAAACUGUCCCUCCGCCAACCACAACUCAGACACCCACGGCGAGCAGCACCAGCAAACGCCAAUGCAUUGUGCCACCAAAACCUGUCCCGUGGCGUCGGGUGCACCACGGACCUCCUUCCUCUCCAGGUACCCUGACCACCCCAAUGAAAGUCUCCUCGAUUCGGUGCUGACUUCACCAUUGUCCCCCAAAUCCUCGAUUCCCCUGAUCCUCCCAGCUCCAUCUCGACCGAGGCCUACGUUGGAGGCACCAAAGUCGUGGACAGCAAGGUCGUCCGCAUGGAAAUGCCCCCCGACGCCCUUCUCGAUGAAUUUGCUGCACUUGACCGCGAGUCCCAACAGGUUCAGGCGUCCUUCGACGCCACCUGCAACACCGUCCCAAGUGAAUGCACGCUUAACCUUGCCAACUCCACGACCUGGCGAACUCCCAACCUGAACUCCUCCUCCAUCUCACUCGCAUCCGCCUUAUCAGCCGGUGGUUGCGUGCGACGUCGGGCUCUAC